CACCCUACACCUAAAAUGGCGCCCCAGCUCCGCACACAAACAACUUCCCCAUCGCACCGCCCUGAGUGGGCGUGGCUAGCCGUAGGAAGGGCGGGGAAAGUUCUCCCAGAAGGACGUGUGUUUGCGUGCUCGCCUUGUGCGCGCGCCUUCUCUUCCUCUUCUUCCCGCUCGGCAGGAGAAGCAGCAGCACCAUUCGGGAGAGAGCGCUGUGCUAUGCCUCGGGGCGCAAUGGAUGACCACUGGCCUUCCACAGACGAUCAGGGACACGAACCAAAGGAACCCGAACAGCUAAGAAAGCUGUUUAUUGGCGGCCUGAGCUUUGAGACAACAGAUGACAGCUUGAGGGAGCAUUUUGAACAAUGGGGAAAGCUCACAGACUGUGUUGUUAUGAGAGAUCCACAGACAAAGCGUUCCAGGGGCUUUGGGUUUGUUACCUACUCAUGCGUAGAGGAAGUAGAUGCUGCUAUGUCUGCAAGACCACACAAAGUUGAUGGCCGUGUCGUUGAACCUAAAAGGGCAGUUUCCAGAGAAGAUUCUGCAAGACCUGGCGCACAUCUAACAGUAAAGAAAAUAUUUGUGGGCGGAAUCAAAGAAGAUACAGAAGAAUACCACUUGCGUGACUACUUCCAGAGUUAUGGCAAGAUUGAAACCAUUGAAGUUAUGGAAGACCGGCAAAGUGGGAAGAAAAGAGGAUUUGCAUUUGUUACUUUUGAUGAUCAUGACACAGUUGACAAAAUCGUUGUUCAGAAAUACCACACAAUCAAUGGGCACAAUUGUGAAGUGAAAAAGGCUCUUUCCAAACAAGAAAUGCAGACAGCCAGCGCCCAAAGAGGUGGUAAUUAUGGAGGUGGUCCUGGCUAUGGUGGCAGAGGUUAUGGAGGCAGCCCAGGCUAUGGAAACCAAGGUGGUGGAUAUGGUGGUGGCGGCAGUGGAGGAGGAGGAGGAGGAUAUGAUGGCUACAAUGAAGGCGGAAACUUUGGCGGUGGAAACUAUAAUGACUUUGGAAACUAUGGAGGACAGCAACAAUCAAACUAUGGUCCCAUGAAAGGUGGCAGCUUCAGUGGAAGGAGCUCAGGAGGAAGUGGCAGCGGUCCCUAUGGUGGCGGAUAUGGAUCUGGUGGAGGUGGCGGCGGCGGAGGAGGUGGUGGAAGUUAUGGGGGCAGAAGGUUUUAAGGCUCCCAACAGAAAAGGCUACAGUUCUUAGCAAGAGAGCGAGGAGUUGUCAGGAAAGCUGCAGGUUACUUUGAGACAGUCGUCCAUGCAUUAGAGGAACAGUAAAAUCUACCACAGGAGCAGCGAUGAUCCAUAGGCAGAAAAGUUACUGCAGCUUAAACAGGAGGCAUUUCUUGUUCAGGACUGUCAUAGCCUCAGUUUGCUAAAAGUGCAGCUGAUGAUUAAUGCAAUGUAGUGUUGAUUUAGAUGUACAUUCCUGAGGUUUUUUUUUUUCUAGUUCGUCACCCAUAUUCCCCAUUACAUCAGGUAUAACUGCCCUGUAAAUUGUGUUAGUGGUACCAGGAAUAAAGAAUUAAGGACUUUUUAACUUUUAAACUUGUGUAGUACAGUGUUUUCUCACUUGUCAGGGCAUAAAGCAUUGCCCAACAAAAUAAACAUGCUUUCUUUUAUUCCUAAUGGAGUUAGUGUCAGACUUUCUUAAGUAUCCCCUACUACUGAGAGAAUUUAAAGUGCAAUUCAAAGAAAUUCAAUGCCAGUUUUCAAACAGGCCUUUUUUGUAAUAUAAGCUGUUGCAAAGAUUCGCUAGUUUAACCUCACAAUCAGUGGCUACUGCUGAACAGUAAUUGAUUAAAGGGGAUUUCAUGCCUAAACAAGAUAAUGGGAGUUAUUUCUCUCAUUAAGAACACUUUUGUAGGUUUAGAUUCAGCUUGUUUCCAAUGAAUAUAUUGCUGGUAAUGGCCAUGGUACACCAUGUUUGCUGCCUCAAAAUCUGAUGCUAGUAAAUUUAGUUGCCAGUGAGAUUAUAUUGGCUAUCAAGAAAAAGGCAAUCUUUCACCAAAAUCUAUUAGGGCUCAUCACAAAGUGAAAUGUGUACUAACAUGCACAUUAAGGUGGCUUAUUUCCUUUGUUUCAGUUAGUUUCAACUCUAGCACUGUCCAUGACGCGUAGGAGCAAAACUCUUGUUUGCUUGAUUGUUUUGUAUUUAGAAUCUUGUGCCUCUUUGGUUAAAAGCUGUAAGCAGGCUAAUGUGGGACUUUGGUGAGCUCCAUAUGAAUGUUGUACUUGUCAUUAGAUCCCCUUACUCAUAUGUUGACCUAAUAAACUAGAUUGAAUC